AAAAAGGGCAGACUUGGCGCUGGAGGCUCAGAAAACAAGGUGACCGGCUAGCCCACCAGGAGCACUGGCUGAGAUGCAGGCGGCAACCAAGCCUGGAGAGGAGACCAUGUGUACCUCAGCUUCCAGAAACUGGCCAGUCAGUGUUUGCUCUCUGAAGCCUGAACCCAAGGAGACGCCAGGCCCGAACCAACUGCCGAUUGAGAUGCUCCGGGAGGUGCUGAGCUACCUGCCUCCACGCAUGCUGAUCCGGCACUGCCGCCCGGUGUGCCGGCGCUGGCGAGACGUGGUGGAUGACUGGGACCUGUGGCGGAGCAUCCUGCCCUGGAAACACCCCAACCUGUGGCCCGUCAUCCGCACCUGCUUGCCCCCUGCUGACAACCCAGGGCCCUGCAUCCUGGGCCGCUUCUGCGAGCGCAGACCCAUAGGACGCAACCUCCUCCGGAGCCCUCGUGGCCUAGGAGGCUUCCAGAAAUGGACCGUGCUGAGCCGUGAAGAUGACUGGAAGGAGGAGAAGGAAAACUUGGAGGUCAUGCCGAGGGCCUAUAUGCAAACCAGCUUCCUGUCUUCCUACAGGAGGUAUCAUAAGAAGCAGGUGUUGGACCUGGAGAAGGAGGGUCUGUGGCGUGAACUCCUGGAUAGUGGAAACAUUGAGAUCUGUGUCUCUGACUGGCGGAACGACCGACAAGGAAUUGACUGCAUAUAUCAGCUAACUGUCCAUCUUCUAGAUGCCAACCAGGCCAUCCUGGACCAUUUCUCUCCACUGCCUUUUCCCAUCCGGCGUGGUAGAAACAGUGUCUCUUCUCGGGCCAGCCACGUGUUCUCCAACAUCAAGGAGGGCGUUCGCUUUGUGUCUUUUGAACGCCACAUCUGGGACUUGGAGUUCAGACAUGAGCAGUAUGGAGUCUGUCUGAUGAACUCCAGUGUCAUCGUGCAGGUCUGUCUACCCUAAUCAAGGGCUGUCCUUGAAGACCACCUGACCUUCCUUCCAGGAGCUGGGACUAGUGGCUGAGCCAUCUCAGUACUUGGGGACUUGUAGCUGCCUGGCCUCUGGGAACCUCAUGAAUCCAGUCAAAGCUUCUACUGGGCCCUGUCUUUAAAUUCCGGAAGCUACAAGAAGAAAGCUCUUCCAUCAGAUUUAUUGGCUGCUGCUACUCGAAGACAACUCCUGUUCUACCGAGUGGAGGUCCAUGGGUGAACCCGUGAAAUGCUGUAGAGGGACAAGGCUCCUCACCCUCCCCCGACGCCAGGCACCUCUGGUUCAACCCACAUGCCCUCUGCCCUCGUCUCCUCCUGGUUCUGCAUCAGAAGCUUUAUUGGUCCCAUGUAGGAAGCCCUCUCCUCGUAUCUAGAAGCUCAUCCCCAUGGCUGAGAAAAUUCCAGCCCCCACUGGUGGUGAGCUUAACCUCGUGGGGUUUCAAGACUGGGACUAGGACUCAGAGCAGAAAGUCAAACUACCUCAAAAACUGUUUGGAGGCAGAGGGUCCUGCCCACCCUGUGAACAAUGAAGUCGUCCCCUGAGCCCACCCCUACCCUGGAUUGUAUUGUAUGUAAAAUUACUUUGUAAUUUUGAAAUUCUUUUCAAAUAUGGAGAAGAUAAUUAAGGAACAUCUUUUAAAUCAUAGGUAAUACAUAUAACUUUGCCAAAA